UGCAGGUCGCAAGCUUCUGGUAAAGUGAUAAGUGGGGAGGAACAUUUUUCAAGCAAGAAGUGCCUGGCCUGGUUUUACGAAUAUGCGGGUGAUGAUGAAGUUGUAGGGCCGGAAGGAAUGGAGAAAUUCUGUGAGGAUAUUGGCGUUGAACCUGAAAACAUUAUUAUGUUAGUUUUAGCCUGGAAACUGGAGGCUGAAAGCAUGGGAUUUUUUACCAAGGAAGAAUGGUUGAAGGGGAUGACCUCAUUGCAAUGUGACUGCACAGAGAAACUACAAAGUAAAUUUGAUUUUUUGCGUUCACAAUUGAAUGACAUUUCAACAUUUAAGAACAUCUACAGAUAUGCGUUUGAUUUUGCAAGGGAUAAAGACCAGAGAAGUCUUGAUAUCGAUACUGCAAAAUCUAUGUUAGCUCUUCUACUAGGAAGAACGUGGCCACUGUUUUCGGUAUUUUACCAAUACUUAGAGCAGUCAAAAUACAGAGUUAUUAACAAAGAUCAGUGGUACAAUGUGCUAGAAUUCAGCCGAACUGUCCACGCAGAUCUUAGCAACUAUGAUGAAGAUGGGGCAUGGCCUGUUCUUCUCGACGAAUUUGUGGAGUGGCAAAAGGUUCGCCAAGCAUCAUAGCGAAAACAGCUCGGGGGGGGGGGGAGAAUGCUGGCUCUCGCGAUGCCCACCUCUUCAAAAAACUGAGUCAAGAAACCAUGCGUUCACAUCCUUUUGAACUUUAUAGUCAUUUUUUUUCCUUUUAUUUUUAAAGGAAGCCUUGUUACAUGUGAAACAGGCAUUUGAACCACACCUCUUCUGAGACUGAAAGAUGGGGAUUUUUUUUUUGUCUUAAGUUUCAAUCAUUUCAGAACAAUAAACAUUCAGAUUUUCAACAGUCUUAAAAAUGAAGGAACAUCCCUUGAGUUAAGAGCGUAGUUUCUGUACUCUCAAAACCAAAACAUUGUAUGCUGCAUUGGAACGGCCCCAUCGGGGGUAUUUUGAGUCCCGGAGCUGUGUUUUGAAAAAUGUAGUAGGAUAUGGGUCAGGUAUGGUAGUUUUGCAAAUGGAAUGACUGUCUUUAGGGAGAAUGAUUGUUAACGUUAGGCCUUGGGUGGUGUUUUACUGACGCUCAGCUUCAUUUGUGCCAUAGGCCGCCACUUCACAAGGAAGGCGUGGCCUUAGUUCCAUUCGUUAUGGGGUUUUGAUUGGAACCUUUGUAGCACACCACAAAGAUGGCCUACCUUCAGUUCAGCUUAACUUUAACUAAGACGGUGUCUAUGAUAAAGCAACUGGAAGUUCUUCAAACAGUAAUUAAAUUGUGUUGUUUUUUAAAAAUUGUAAAUGGUUUGUAAUGCUAAAAAAACCCAACCCAAAUAUAGGCCCCUUUAAUGUACACUGGACUGAACAUUCAGAGCAUGACUAUCUUUACUCCCAGAUCUCCCGAUUUGGGUAACUCUGUUAGUGUUACUUGAUAAACUGGUUGCAUUUCAACAUGGAGGUAAAAAGUGGCUGCACUUCCUUCAUGUGGUAGAUGGCUGCCUGUCAAGAGCAUGAGAGAGGAAUUCUCUCUGUGUGUGUGUGUUGACUUAAAUGAGCAAGUGUAGAAAUCUGAAGUGUUGAACUGGCUCUGUAUUUGAAUACUUGAGCACCAUCAAGUGCCAUACACUCAAAUGUUACUUGGAUAAAAAUUAAAAUUGCCUCCCUGCUUGGGCCGAACACAGUUGUGCCCAAUAUGGUUUGCAGUAUGUAAAUCAAUUAAAUGUGUGAACAACGAUAACCAGUUAACUGGUGGGCAGAGAUUCGAGAAAUAAGCUGGCAUCCGGUCAGCCACCUUCAACUCAGUUCACUGUUUCCAAUCAGCUGUACCAUCUCCUUAGCGAACCUGGAUCAACCUUGUAAUAUGUGGUGAUAUCCCCAAAGCUUACCAGGCUAGGUAAGAAGUGGUAGUAUUUGGCUCAGGAUAAUAAAUGAGGAGGUGUGCUCUAAUUAGGUGCAGGUCCUGCCAACCUAGCAGUUCGAAAGCAAGAAAUUGCAAGUAGAUAAAUAGGU